AGUUUUGUUUUUAACUUCCGACUUCCGCAGCCGCACGUUAUUGUCUCCACUACGUGUCUUUACAGCGAGCGACAGGUUUUAAAAGCUCAUAAAAGAAAGCUUAUAAACGCAUCAUACGCUGCUAAAAUGGGUAAAAAGGAGAAAGGAGAUCGAGAGAAGAAGUCCAACAAGCGUUUCUAUGAGGAGGAGGAAGACGAAGAAGAGGUGGUGGCUGGCAAACCGCAGGAACCCAUACCUGCUGCUGCGGGGAAACAGGUGGAUGAAUCCACUACCAAGCUUGACGAUUAUGGAGCCAAAGAUUAUCGUGUUCAGAUGAUUCUGAAGAACGAUAAUUCCUCACGACCCCUCUGGGUGGCUCCUGAUGGACAUAUAUUUUUAGAAGCAUUUUCACCAGUGUAUAGGUAUGCUCAGGAUUUCUUGGUAGCCAUCGCUGAACCGGUCUGCAGGCCUAACCAUGUCCAUGAGUACAAGUUAACAGCAUAUUCCCUGUAUGCAGCAGUCAGUGUAGGGCUUCAGACUUCUGAUAUAGUGGAGUAUCUACAGAAACUUAGUAAGACCUCCGUGCCUGAAGGAAUUGUUCAGUUCAUUAAGCUCUGCACUGUGAGCUAUGGAAAAGUCAAGCUGGUGCUCAAGCAUAAUAGGUAUUUUGUUGAGAGCACUUUUCCUGAUGUGAUUCAGCACCUCCUUCAGGACAUUGUGAUCCGAGAAUGUCGCCUCCGUGCUGCAGAUGGCACAGAUGGCGAGCUUAUUACUGAGGUCAUCCACAGCAAGUCAGCGAUCUCCAAGUCUGUCGAUGGAAAAGCAGGAGCUUCCACCUCACAGCAAUCUGCUGAUGGACAAACCUCAGGCCAGCAGGUGCCUGAGGACAUCUUCAGCUACUAUGAGCAGAUGGAUAAGGAGGAAGAGGAAGAGGAAGAGACUCAGACAGUGUCCUUUGAGAUUCGACAGGAAAAAAUUGAGGAGCUGCAGAAGCGCUGCAUUCAGCUGGAGUACCCCCUUCUUGCGGAGUAUGACUUUCGAAAUGAUACAGUCAACCCAGAUAUCAACAUAGAUCUGAAGCCAACUGCGGUAUUACGACCCUACCAGGAGAAAAGUCUACGCAAGAUGUUUGGCAAUGGACGCGCUCGGUCUGGAGUCAUUGUGCUGCCCUGCGGAGCGGGCAAGUCUCUUGUGGGUGUAACAGCAGCAUGUACAGUGCGCAAACGUUGCCUGGUGUUGGGUAACUCCUCUGUAUCCGUGGAACAGUGGAAGGCCCAGUUUAAAAUGUGGUCAACUAUCGAUGACUCUCAAAUCUGCCGCUUCACUUCGGAUGCCAAAGACAAGCCAAUUGGCUGCUCAGUUGCCAUAAGCACUUACUCUAUGCUGGGCCACACCACCAAACGCUCCUGGGAAGCCGAGAGGGUGAUGGAGUGGAUGAAAAGCCAAGAGUGGGGUCUUAUUAUACUAGACGAGGUGCACACUAUUCCUGCAAAAAUGUUUCGACGUGUAUUGACCAUUGUCCAGGCACACUGCAAACUGGGCCUCACCGCAACUUUAGUUAGAGAGGACGACAAGAUAGUGGACCUUAACUUUCUCAUUGGGCCAAAGUUAUAUGAAGCGAACUGGAUGGAGUUGCAGAACAAUGGCUACAUUGCCAAGGUCCAGUGUGCAGAGGUGUGGUGUCCAAUGUCUCCUGAGUUUUAUAGAGAGUAUGUGGCCAUGAAGACUAAGAAGCGCAUUUUGCUUUAUACAAUGAAUCCCAAUAAGUUCAGAGCCUGCCAGUUUCUUAUUCGCUUUCAUGAAAGGCGCAAUGACAAGAUCAUCGUCUUUGCUGAUAAUGUCUUUGCCUUGAAAGAAUAUGCCAUUCGCCUCAACAAGCCAUACAUCUAUGGCCCAACCUCCCAAGGGGAACGUAUGCAAAUCUUGCAGAACUUCAAACACAACCCCAAGAUCAACACCAUUUUCAUAUCCAAGGUUGGAGACACCUCAUUUGACUUGCCAGAAGCAAAUGUUCUUAUCCAAAUCUCUUCCCAUGGUGGAUCACGAAGGCAGGAAGCUCAGAGGCUUGGUAGAGUCUUAAGAGCCAAGAAAGGAAUGAUAGCAGAGGAAUACAACGCAUAUUUCUACUCGCUGGUGUCUCAGGACACCCAGGAGAUGGCUUAUUCCACCAAGAGACAGAGGUUUCUAGUGGACCAGGGCUACAGCUUUAAGGUGACAUAGAGCCAGCCUGUCACGCCGCACCGCAAUGAGGGAAAUCACCAAGAAAACGGUACAUGGUGGGAAAUAGGAGUAAACUGAAAAACUACCUGAUAAAUUCACAAUUCAUCCAUACAUUUUAUACGUGCUUGUUUCUCUCGAUGUUGCAGGGGGAGCGGGGCUUGGGGGGAAAGUAGCUUACAACCUGGACAAGUCACCACCUCAUAAACUGUCACCCAGAAUAUACAUUUGAAGCCACAAAGCUAAACAUCAAUUUGUGAGGUAUUAAUAAGAGCAUUUUCCAAACUGAAAUAAAAACAUGUCCACUGUAGAGGACAUUGCUUCUCAUGAAGUAAAUCUCUAAAGACACUAAACUGAACAUUAUUGUUUUACACUGGAUGUUUACAUUGUCAAUUAUAAGACACUCAACUGUCAGUUUUUGUUGUUGUUUUUUUAAUAUUUCCUUGAAACAGUGGAUGUUACACACAAUAUUUGCGCUGAAAAGUACAUGUUUAGAGUAAUAAAUAUGAUUAAAACAUUUGAGCAAUGUGUUUUUGUUCAAUUACAACAAGUGUGUUUAUCCUAAACUUUCCUGCCACUUAAUUUUACACAUUAUGGCAUUUUUAAGGCCUUUUUUAAAUGUUUAUUUUAUAUUUUUUAUUACAUAUACUAAAAUAAUACUGUGAUAUUUUGAUACCGUUACAUUCCUAGCCCCUACAGAACAUGAACAAUGCUUAGUCACUUAAGCUUAGAAUAUGCUUGGCGUAGUCACUUCACCGUCCACUCCAAACAUCGUAUUGAUGCUUUAUUAGUUUUUGGUCUGGGUUGCCUGCUCAACGUGCAAGUAUCUGCCAAAAUGCUAGAGGGCUAUCUUUUCCUGAGCGAGAACAACCUUAACUCUAGAUUUUUUGCUUUCUGUAAAGUAGUGGUGGAAAAAAAGGGACUGAGCGACAUUCAGAUCGUUGUCUGAACUGGAACAUCUGAUAGUUUUUUGUACAAACCAGGAAAAAAAUACAAUAAAGACUCCAUACCAAAAAUUAUGUGUUGGGGGAAAAAAUGGCCAACCAGUCACAACUCUGCAGUUUUCACUGGCGUUGAAGCAAGGUUAUAAUUUUUAGGGGGUGCACACCAAGCUCCAACGGAGGGUUUUGACAUGGAGGAGCAAGCUGACGGGGCCUUAAAGCACACAAUAGACAAACAGUACAUCAUUCCUUUAAGGAAGUCUUAUACAAACCUUCCUAUUUGUUAGAAAGCCAACUGUUUACUAUGUUUGUGUUCAUGCUUCACUGAUGAGAUUAUUUGGCGAGCACCAUUUUGUCCUACUAAUUUCAGUGGUCCAUGAACACAUCGUAGUUGUGUGGCCUUUGAAGCAAUAGUUUGUUUACUUCAGGGAUGCCCAUUAGAUCGAUCGCGAGCUACCGGUCGAUUGGUGAGGGUGUGUCACUUGAUCGCAAUUAGGCAUAAAUGGGUUAUACUUGUAUAGCGCUUUUCUACCUUCAAAGUACUCAAAGUGCUUUGACACUAUUUCCACAUUCACCCAUUCACACACUGAUGGCGGGAGCUGCCAUGCAAGGCCCUAACCACGACCCAUCAGGAGCAAGGGUGAAGUGUCUUGCUCAAGGACACAACGGACGUGACGAGGUUGGUGGAAGGUGGGGAUUGAACCAGGAACCCUCAGGUUGCUGGCACGGCCACUCUCCCAACCGCGCCAUGCCGUCCCAAAAAAUGUAGACCUAAAAAUUACUGAUCAUCAAUCUUCACUACGACGUCACUUUCGUUACUUGGUAGACAUUCACGGCACUCGAGGAUCUUGCGCAAUGACGUUGGCUGCUCCAAACCUUUUAUGAAGAAAAAAAAACGACAGUCAGGAAGGCAAAAAGCAGUUUUUAGUUCAACAGACUCCCUCUCCGUACCGGCUGUCAAAACUGUAAAGACCAACCGCACAGUUCCUGUUUUCGCAAUAAAAGUGAUGUGACAGCCAAUGUAUUUCUUGUAAAGGGUAUAAAAACGAGUAUUGACGCUGGACAAAUAAAAAGCUAAAAAACACUUUCAUGUGGUGUUGGAAAGAGAGGAGGCCUUUUUUUCCCCUCCACAAUGUAAAUGCAAAGUUGUGGAGCUUAUCAGCAACUACUGUGCAUCCUGUCUGAUUACAAGCAAUGCAACUCAUCAGGAUAAGGUAAUACAGCAGUAUGUGUGUGCGUGCCUGCGUGUGAAGUACAUCACAUCAACUUGGUCAUUAGCAAGCACGCCUGCUGAAAAAGUGUUGGCACCCCUGGUUUACAUGUAUAACUUUCUCCGAUGCUGGCACAGAAAGACUGUUUUCCAAUGUUGUAAAAAUGUGUAGAAUAAAUAUUAAAUUUCAACAUUUCUGUCAACGAAGAUUUGUGUCAGCUUGCGACACGCGUUUCUUUCAGCCUGGCGUGGUGUCAGGCAGGUGGCUGUUGCAAACAAAACAAAUACCUGUGCAAGCAGAUAUUUUUAAACAUGUACAACAUCAAAUCCAAAUAUAACACACACCUAACAGAUAAGAGCUAGCAGUGUAAUAUAGCUAACAUAGACACUUAUAUAAGUCUUAUAAUGAAAGCAACACAUGAUGGAAGACUUUUAUUUUUUUUGUGGUUCCUGACAGAUUAGUUUUUUGUAUUUUUGGUCCAUUAUGGCUCUUUGAACAUUUUGGGUUGCG